AUGGUUGUUAAUAAUCCAAAUAACUGGCACUGGGUCAAUAAAAACUGUUUACCAUGGUCAAAACAAUACUUUAUUGAUAAUUUAGAAAAUUUAAAAUUGGAUAAUGAUGCUUAUGUCAUAACAAUAACAAAUUCAUCAAUCUCUGGAGAUUGUGAUGUUACUCAACGUAAAGGUAAAGUUUUAUGUAUUUAUGAUAUGGUAUUAAGUUUUGAUGUUGAAGGUGAAUUUAAAAAAUCUGGGGAAUCUAUUAAAGGUAGUGUUAAAAUUCCGGAAUUUAUUCAUGAUGAAGAUGAUUAUGAUUAUCAAUUAAAUGAAUUUGGUGAUUAUAAAGCACAAAUUAGAAAAGAAUUCAUUCCUUUAAUUCAUGAAAGAUUGAUCAAGUUUCAAAAAGAUUUGAUUGAUUCCCAUUCAAAAGAUGUUCAAGAAUAA